GUACGCGUCUCCCGUCCGCUCCACUGCCUGCCAUACAACAACAGCCCCGUCUCCCUUUUCAUCGAUGCAUCGUUAAUGUAAAUGCCACCCCUUCUCCUCUGAUGCAUUGAUUUCAACAAGCGGCUUUUCCCUUCACUCGGCUGCUGCUCUCGUGCGCAACCCAGUGGGUAGACUCGGUCGCGGCAUCCCGUCUCGUCGCAGCAAUCAAUCAACACGUGCAAUUCUCACACAUCGACCUGACGUCGCAUUCAGAAGCGAGCACUACAUCGCGCCGCUUUGGCCGACUACCUCCCUGACCUACCUAUCUGUUUAUUUCACACACACGCACAUAACAAAAUCUCUCUUUCACUCGCACUCUCUCUCUCUCUCUCACACACACACACACCUAUCCGACUAUACCGAGACACGCAGUUCUGCUUUUUCAUUCAUCGCUUUCCACCAACUGCAACACAGCGUAACUGUCUCUCUAAGCUUUCUGGCCCCAUCUCACAAGUCAUUCAAAGCCGGGCCCGACUUGUUGACGCCAGCCAUUGCCGCCGCCACAUACCAGCUCACUGCAGCACCAGUUCCUGGAAGACGAUGCGGCUUUCUCGACGUCGCGGCCAUUGAUAUUCCCUCUUCCCGCACGCCCUUUCCCACUACGUCAACCGCGCCAACCAAAGAGUCAUUGUCACGCCCCCCACGUGCCUAAUGAUCUCCUCCGGCAAUGUCGACCAUUAACCGGCGUAAUCGCGGCUUGCCAUUCCUGCACCGGAAUUGGCUGAAAGCCACCAACCAUUGGAGUAAGAUGGGCAAUCGGUCUUCUUUUCAUUCACGCGAUGCUGGCGACAAGGCUGCCGAGCACGGAGACGAGGCAGAGCGCGCUGCAAAGCGCCGCCGGAUCGACAACGACUACGACGGCUUUCCGCUGUUUGAGCAAUACGGCACUGCCCAGCGGGCUCUCCGCAUCGAAGUGCUCAAGAUCAGCCACAAGGACUCACCCCGUGUCAAGAAUGGCAUUCUAAAUGGCAUCAUCGCACCCAACGUCAGGGAUGUAGUGCGCGUCAAGGCCCGCUGCAAGCUCACCAUUUCCGGCCACAAAGGCGGAGAGCCCGUCGUCUUGCACGUCGACAGCCAAGUCUGCGAUCUCCGCGUCUUCAAGAACCCUGCUGGCUCGUCCCCCAUGGCCCGCUUUUCCUCCCUCCGCCCCUUCCACAUCCCGGAGGAGAAGAUCUUUCUCGAGCGCGACGACGAUGCCGUCUUCGGCCUGGCUAACUCCUACUCGGUGCUCGUUGAGCUCGAGUCUGCCGGUGACGCCAACUGGCCGCCUGCCGACCUUGUCCCCGUCAGCGAUGAGGACACCUUCUAUAACAGGUGCCUCCCAUCCCGGCAAUGGGUGCUGACUGCCAGCAUCGCCGACCUUUUCAGCAGCCGCAACCGCAAGGAUGUCCGCCUGCGAGUGAAGAAGCAGCCGCUCGCUGAUGCUGCUACCAACUUCCUUCUAGACAUGGACGUCCGCUGGUUGACCCCCAUCUCAAGCCGGCAAAGGCCGAGGACGCACGCAAAAGACAUACUAGCCUCCAUCUCCGUGUUUGGCUCGAGCGAGGCCGAAGUACCGCUCGUCAAUGGCAACACCAAGCCCUCUACCCUUCCCAACGGCACCAAUACUCAUCGCCACGAGUCCCAAACCAACGACGAGGGCGAACCCACGCUGGAUGGACAGGCAAAUGGGACCGUGACCGACGCCGCCGAGGAGUUAGCGGAGGGCGAGCUCACCCCCAGCCGCUCUCGGCGCACGAGGCAGGACAUCAACUACAACGUGAAGCAGAUGUGGAACAAUGCGGUUGGUAAGGAGACUAAGAAGCGGCGGAAACUGGGCGACGAGCACGGCCAGCUCGACGAGCACACCAUCACGUACCUCCUUCCACCAGAACAAGUCCAGACAGACAAGUUUGCCUGCCUGCUUUGCGGAGCCGAAAAUGACAGGCUCAGCCAGCUGCGUGCCCACUACCUGAGUCACCCGCAGUAUGAUUUCUGCUUUGAGUUCAAGCCCAAGACAGGGUAUUGUGUCACCGUAAAGCCGAAUGCUAGCAACCACGGCUCUCCCUUGAGGCCGCGGGUGUACCAGCUUGGUCUACCGGUCAAGCCUCUAGACCUGGAUAAGUACGUGGAUGGGGAUGACUCGUGGGUCACCUCCCGCCUCGGGCCAGAUAACGGCCGCGAACUCUUCCGAGACACCGCUCCGCAAGGAGGCCGCACAGUUCUCGUCCCCAAAACCAAACAACCACUCUUCGACCCUCUCAGCAAAGUUCAACUCCAGCCCGGCACCCCCGUUCCCCAGCAUGAGAUCGACGACUCGUGGCUCUUGCUCAAACAUCGCGACAACCUUCAGGACUUCAUCGACCUCAACGCGGCCGAGAAGGAGUAUCUGCAGACAUGGGACGCCUUCAUCCUGCGCCAGCACAUCUCCUCUCCGCAGUACCUCCCCCGCUACUUCCUGCGCUUUGUGCGCGAGAAGGCCAGCUGGCUGGUCGCCAAGCGCGCCCGCGCCGACGAGUUUAGCAAGCACGUCGCCACCCUCCUCGCCCGCCGCGUGUUACCGGACGCGGCCAUCUUUGAGGCGACGCAACUGCUGAAUGAUGCACGCAGCCGGCGUGCUGCCGUCGGCGAACAAAACCAGAAGGAAGCGGAGGACGAGGGGGAAGGGGCAGAUGGUCUGCAGCCCUCCAAGAACAGGGUCUCGGGCGGGUGCUGUACCGCAUGUGGAGAACCGGUGCCCGUGGUGGCCAUGCUGGUUUGUGCGAACAAGGGAUGCGAGAAGCGGCUUUACCAUGACACAUGCGUGGAGGACCCGGAGGCGGCCGCCGCAAAGGGGAGGAAUUGGAGGUGCAAGGCCUGCUCGUAA